AAAAUUGUAAUUAUUUCUAAGUUCUGCACGUAAAUAAAUAACAAAAGUAUGGGUUCCCGCAACGAGUGCCGAAUAUACGUUGGAAAUCUGCCACCAGAUAUCCGCACCAAGGACAUCCAGGAUCUUUUUCACAAAUUCGGCAAAGUUACAUUUGUGGACUUGAAAAAUCGGCGUGGUCCGCCAUUUGCUUUUGUCGAAUUCGAAGAUGCGCGCGAUGCUGACGACGCGGUAAAGGCCCGCGACGGCUAUGACUACGAUGGCUAUCGCCUGCGCGUCGAGUUCCCGAGGGGCGGCGGUCCCGGCAGCUACCGUGGAAAUCGCAACGACCGCAACAAUGGGCGUGAUGGUGGUCGCAUGGGCGGACGUGGUCCUCCGGCCAAACGGUCUCAAUACCGUGUUAUGGUAACCGGGCUGCCGCCCUCUGGCUCCUGGCAGGAUCUCAAGGAUCACAUGCGCGAGGCUGGCGACGUCUGCUUUGCCGACACCUACAAAGACGGCUCUGGCGUGGUUGAAUUCCUGCGUCACGAGGACAUGAAGUACGCCAUAAAGAAAUUGGACGACUCGCGUUUCCGUUCGCAUGAGGGUGAGGUUGCCUACAUUCGGGUGCGCGAGGAUAGCGGCGAAAACGACCGCAGUGGCGGGAGUGGAGGAGGAGGAGGCGGUGCUGGUGGUGGCGGCGGUGGAGGAGGUGGUGGCAGCAGCGGAGGCGGUGGCCGUGACUACCGUGACAGGUCUCGUUCGCGCUCAUUCUCAUCGAGACCGCGUCGCCGCGGCACUCCGACAUACUCUCCGGUGCGACGUCAAUCCUAUUCCAGGUCUCGCUCACGCUCUAACUAUUAAACACUACCAAUCAUCAUCCAUUAAUAUAUAUUAAUUCGUACGAGCCGAAAAAGCAAGAUAAACACCUCCUUUCAAUUUUAACCAAGCAA